AGGGUAAUUAAAAUGUCUUUAACAAACAUUAAGAGAUUUAAGCCUGUCCACAAGUAUUAUGGUCAACUGGUGUUGGGUCCCCCUGGUGCUGGCAAGACAACAUAUUGUUGUAAAAUGUCUCAGUUGUUGCGUAAGUUCAGAAGAAAAGUGGUAAUUGUCAACUUAGAUCCUGCUAAUGAACUUAUGUCUUAUGAGCCAGAUAUAGACAUCAGACAACUUAUAGUCCUUGAAGAAGUUAUGGAUCAGUACAACUUGGGACCUAAUGGAGCAUUAUUGUAUUGCAUGGAAUUUUUAGAACAAAACAUAGACUGGCUGUUAAAUCAAAUUGAAGGAGAAAACUCAACUAAUUUCAUAUUUGACAUGCCUGGACAGGUAGAAUUGUACUGCCACCAUAAAAGUCUAUCAAACAUAUUUUCCAAGCUAUCUGAACAAAGUAAUCUUCAGUUGUGUGUUGUGCACUUGGUUGAUUCCCACCAUUGCUCAGACGCAGGAAAAUUUAUCUCUGCAUUAAUGUUGUCAUUAAGUGCCAUGUUGAAAAUAGGACUUCCACAUAUUAAUUUGUUAACUAAGGUAGACCUUCUUAAGAAACACAUGGAUAAAUUGCAAUUUGGUAUAGACUUUUACACUGAUGUAUUGGAUCUGAACUAUUUGGUUGAUUGUCUUGAUACUGAUGCAUUUACUAAAAAGUACAAAAAGUUAAAUGAAGCUUUAGUUUCCGUAAUUGAAGAUUACAGUUUAGUAUCAUUUCAACUUGUGGACAUGUUGAAAGAUGAUAGUUUAGUCAAAGUGAAGAAUUUAGUUGAUAAGGCCAAUGGGCAUGUUUUCAAAGCGGAAGAGGGCAGGCACAUAAACAGUAUGUUAGCUUGUGCAAUGGGAGUUGGUGAAACAAAUGAUAUAGAAUGAUUAUUGAAUAAAAUAUGUACUUCUUAAA